AGUCUAUAUAGUCUAUGCUUUAAAAAUUGAUGUACCUUCGCUUUUGUAGUCGCGUUUUUAGCAUUAUCAUGGCUAAAAUGCAGUUGUAAUUCGUUAAUUCUGAAGACGUGCCUGGAUAAUCGUCGGAAACACUUAGUGUGAAAAGACAAUUAGAUAUUUUGUACGAUUAUAUGAUUAGUUGCUUUCAUUUGACAAAUUGCGCUAGACCGCAUAUUUAAAAUGGCAGCCCUACCACGUAGAAUAAUCAAAGAGACACAGCGAUUGAUGCAAGAGCCGGUGCCGGGAAUCAGCGCGGUGCCAAGCGAAACGAAUGCUCGUUAUUUUCACGUAAUCGUCACUGGCCCAGAAGACUCGCCAUUCGAAGGAGGACUAUUCAAAUUAGAGUUAUUUCUGCCAGAGGACUAUCCCAUGUCAGCGCCUAAGGUUAGGUUUAUAACGAAAAUAUACCAUCCGAACAUAGACCGGCUGGGUCGUAUAUGCUUGGACAUACUGAAGGACAAGUGGAGUCCCGCGCUUCAGAUCCGCACGGUCCUGCUGUCCAUCCAGGCGCUGCUGUCGGCGCCGAACCCCGACGACCCGCUGGCCAACGACGUGGCCGAGCUGUGGAAGGUGAACGAGAGCGAGGCGAUCCGGAACGCGAAGGAGUGGACGCGGAGAUACGCCAUGGACAACUGAACAGUGCGCCAGCACUUACACACCAGUGCCUCCCCGACGCGCGCCACACGAGGACGGAACUAACAUAUAUCAUGAUUUUAAGAGUGCAAGUUAUGUUAUACACCCUAGACCGAGUAACUUGUGAAGAGACAAUUGUGGAUAAAUUUUAUUAUAGGUGAGCGGCGCUGCGGCGCUGCGGGCGCUCAUCGCUCAGGUUAUCCUCCUGCAUUUCGUAGCCUCGCCCUUAUUGUCUCGGAGCGGUCCGACAGUCCCACAGGUCAUUUGUUUACCCGUUCACAUGUAGCUUCGUUACAAUAUUAGGUAUGCAUAUUUUUUUACUAUCAUUAUAAUAGCUAAUAAAACAAAACCUGGAGACUUAAAUGUAUAUAUUUCAUGGUUACAAAUUUGGUUAAUUUUAUACAAUGGAUAGUGUUUACUGUCACAAAGUUGAAUAUCUUUGUAAGUCUUACGGAACACCAUCUCUUGAGUGCAAAAUGUUAUGCUUGAUAAAAUACUUCAGUUUCUGAUCACUAGUGAUACUGAAACUUUAAUUUAAUUCUUUUUUUUACAUAGCAGAAGUGAAUGCAUUAUAGAUGAUUUAAUUUUUACUUGAUAAGCAACAACAGCAUGAUUUCACAAUGAAUCUUUUAUGUACUAUUACAUCUUGUAUAAAAAUUAUCAUUAAACUGUAUUUAUGUAAAUUUUAUUUGGCUUUGUGAAAAACUUCAAAAUACAUAAUAUACAAAAGCUAAA